AUGAACAGCAUGCCGAUCUCUCCGUCCUCUGCGGCAGGCGUCGACGGCGGCGCGGUGGCGACCGGCACGCCCAUGAAGAAUGCGACGGCGGCGGCCGCUGUCGCAGAGAUGGCGAGGCAUCUCACCGUCGACACGGACGACGCCUUCGCGGGCCUGCUGGAGCUCGCCGCUGACGACGACGCGGAGGGGCUGUGCCGCGCGCUGGAGCGCGCGCCGCCUGCCGCCGCGGACGAGGCCGGCCUCUGGUACGGCCGCCGGAAGGUCCUGGAGCACCGCACCCCGCUGAUGGUCGCCGCCACCUAUGGGAGCCUUGCUGCGCUCCGCCUGCUGGUGUCCCUCUCGUCCGUUGACGUCAACCGCCGCUCGGGCACGGACGGCACCACUGCCCUACACUGUGCCGCCUCUGGUGGCUCACGGACGGCGGUCGAGGCCGUCAAGCUGCUGCUGGGAGCGGGGGCAGACGCUGACACCACGGAUGACUCUGGGCGCCGCCCGGCUGAUGUGAUCUCUGUGCCACCGAAGAUGUUUGAUGCCAAGUUCGCCCUUCAAGAUCUUCUUGGAUUCCCCAAGUCUGAGCAUGGCAUGCUCCGGGUGGUGACAAGGUCCACCAACUCGAUCUCAUCGCCUGUUUCAUCCCCAACUGCAGAGGAUGCACGGUCUCCGUCUGCUUCUGUGAUGAUGAUGACAAAGUUUGCUGACUUGCCUAGGGUUGCAACAUCGGAGAAGAAGGAAUAUCCAGUGGACCCAUCCCUUCCAGAUAUCAAGAACAGCAUCUAUGCUUCCGAUGAGUUCCGCAUGUACUCGUUCAAGAUCCGCCCUUGCUCACGGGCAUACUCGCAUGACUGGACUGAGUGCCCCUUUGUCCACCCAGGAGAGAAUGCUCGGCGCCGAGACCCCCGCAAGUACCACUACAGUUGUGUGCCAUGCCCAGAUUUCAGGAAGGGCGUGUGCCGGCGCGGAGACAUGUGUGAGUAUGCUCAUGGAGUGUUUGAGUGCUGGCUCCAUCCAGCACAGUACCGGACGCGCCUAUGCAAGGAUGGCACAAGCUGUAACCGCCGCGUCUGUUUCUUUGCCCACACAACUGAUGAACUCCGCCCAUUGUAUGUCUCCACUGGAUCAGCGGUGCCAUCCCCAAGGGCUUCAGGAACAGCUGCUAUGGAGAUGGCUGCAGCAAUGGGCUUAAUGCCUGGUUCCCCAUCAUCGGUUUCAGCGGUAAUGUCCCCAUUUACCCCACCAAUGUCGCCUUCGGGCAAUGGGAUGCCCCCUUCGUUGGGCUGGCAGCAGCCAAAUGUUCCAACAUUACACCUUCCAGGCAGCAGCCUUCAGUCAAGCAGGCUCCGAACAUCACUUAGUGCAAGGGAUAUGCCUGCUCAUGACUACUCCCUGAUGCCGGAUCUUGAUUCCCAACUUAUGAAUGAUCUAUGCUAUUCCCGUCUCAGUUCAUCCACAGGGAACCACUCUGCUCGGACCAAGUCCCUGAAUCCAUCAAACCUGGAUGAUCUCUUCUCUGCCGAAAUGGUAUCAUCCCCGAGGUAUAGUAAUGCUGAUCAGGGUGCUAUGUUUUCACCUUCUCACAAGGCUGCUAUCCUGAAUCAGUUCCAGCAGCAGCAGCAAGCACUGCUUUCUCCAAUCAACACUGGAGUUUACUCUCCAAAGGCUGUGGACAACCAGCAGUUACCUUCACACUCAUCUCUGCUGCAAGCAUCACUUGGGAUGUCCUCCCCUGGCCGGAUGUCUCCACGAUGUGUCGAAUCAGGCUCCCCGAUGAACUCCCACCUAGCUUGUGCUCUUGUCCAGCGUGAGAAACAACAGCAGACAAUGAGAAGUCUCAGUUCUCGUGACCUUGGGCCUAGUGCGGCACGAGCUUCAGCUCUCGGCUCCCCUCUAAGCUCAUCAUGGUCUAAGUGGGGUUCUCCUUCAGGGACACCAGAUUGGGGCGUAAAUGGUGAAGAAUUGGGUAAGCUCCGCCGCUCAUCGUCCUUUGAGCUGAGGUCUGGUGGUGAUGACCCUGAUCUCUCUUGGGUGCAUACACUGGUUAAGGAAUCUCCACCAGAGAAGCAAGUUACUACGGCCGAAUUAAUUAAUUCCGUUGGACCCUCACCACUAAUGCCUCCCGGCAUGAACAACGGCGAAGGUUCUGGUCUGAACACCCAGCUGGAUGCACAUGACCAAGCCGCAGUUAUAGGAGCAUUGCUUGAACAGAUGCAGCUUGAUCAGCAGAUUGGUAGUCUAGCAACAUAG